CCCCGUUGCUAUGGGGACUGGUGGGCGGCGAGGGGGGAAAGCCCCGGAUGUUUGUUGGGGAUUCAACAUGGCGGCGGCAGUGGCCGCGGUGGCGGCAGCGCAAGAGCGCUGAAGGCGGCACGAGGUCGCGGAGUUCCAGACCAAGCAGCUAGUCCACGAGCGACUGCGGCGCCGAACCGAUGAGUAACCCAAAGCCACAAGAGGAGACGUCACCCAUCCGAGGGCACUUCUAGCCCAGCCGGCAUCACACCAGGCCCCCUGGUAGGAGCCCAAGCCUCAGCCCUCAGGUCCUGAGACCCUGACACCAUGUUUGGGAAGAGGAAGAAGCGGGUGGAGAUCUCGGCCCCAUCCAACUUCGAGCACCGCGUGCACACAGGCUUUGACCAGCAUGAGCAGAAAUUCACAGGGCUGCCCCGUCAGUGGCAGAGCCUGAUCGAGGAGUCGGCUCGCCGGCCCAAGCCCCUUGUCGACCCCGCGUGCAUCACCUCCAUCCAGCCUGGGGCCCCCAAGACCAUCGUGAGGGGCAGCAGGGGUGCCAGGGAUGGGGCGCUCACGCUGCUGCUGGACGAGUUUGAGAACAUGUCGGUGACACGCUCCAACUCCCUGCGGAGAGACAGCCCGCCACCACCUGCCCGUGCCCGCCAGGAGAACGGGAUGCUGGAGGAGCAGGCUGCCGCGGCCAGAAAGGGCCCUGAGAAGGCGGGCGGCCGAGGCCGGGUGGCCGGUCGCAGCGAGGCGGGUGGUGGCAGUGGUGAGAGGCGGCGGGCAGGGCCGGAGAAGAGGCCCAAGUCUUCCAGGGAGGGCUCAGGGGGGCCCCAGGAGUCCUCCCGGGACAAACGCCCCCACUCUGGGCCUGAUGUCGGCACCCCCCAGCCUGCCGGUCUGGCCAGUGGGGCGAAACUGGCAGCUGGCCGGCCCUUUAACACGUACCCGCGUGCAGAUACGGACCACCCAUCCCGGGGUGCCCAGGGGGAACAUCGUGACAUGGUCCCUAAUGGGCCAUCUGCUGGGGGCCUGGCUGUCCCCCAGUCCUCGUCCUCCCGGCCUCCUGCCCGAACCCGUGGCCCCCCCAGCCCUGGAGUGCUGGGUCCCCAUGCCUCUGAGCCCCAGCUGGCCCCUCCCGCCCGCACCCUCACUGCACCUGCUGCCCCCACCAUCCCUGCCGUCCCUGGGCCCCCUGGUCCCCGCUCGCCACAGCGGGAACCACAGCGAGUAUCCCACGAGCAGUUCCGGGCUGCCCUACAGCUGGUGGUGGACCCAGGUGACCCUCGCUCCUACCUAGACAACUUCAUCAAGAUCGGAGAGGGCUCCACGGGCAUCGUGUGCAUUGCCACUGUGCGCAGUUCAGGCAAGCUGGUGGCUGUCAAGAAGAUGGACCUGCGCAAGCAGCAGAGGCGCGAGCUGCUCUUCAACGAGGUGGUGAUCAUGCGGGACUACCAGCAUGAGAACGUGGUGGAGAUGUACAACAGCUACCUGGUGGGAGAUGAGCUCUGGGUGGUGAUGGAGUUCCUCGAGGGAGGUGCCCUCACCGACAUCGUCACCCACACCAGGAUGAACGAGGAGCAGAUUGCUGCCGUGUGCCUGGCCGUGCUGCAGGCCUUGUCUGUGCUCCACGCCCAGGGUGUCAUCCACCGGGACAUCAAGAGUGACUCAAUCCUGCUGACCCAUGAUGGCAGGGUGAAGCUGUCAGACUUUGGGUUCUGUGCCCAGGUGAGCAAGGAGGUGCCACGGAGGAAGUCACUGGUUGGCACGCCCUACUGGAUGGCCCCGGAGCUCAUUUCUCGUCUUCCCUAUGGGCCAGAGGUGGACAUCUGGUCACUGGGGGUAAUGGUGAUUGAGAUGGUGGAUGGAGAGCCCCCCUACUUCAAUGAGCCACCCCUCAAAGCCAUGAAGAUGAUUCGGGACAACCUGCCACCCCGACUGAAGAACCUGCACAAGGUGUCGCCAUCCCUGAAGGGCUUCCUGGACCGCCUGCUGGUGCGUGACCCAGCCCAGCGGGCAACGGCGGCUGAGCUGCUGAAGCACCCAUUCCUGGCCAAGGCGGGGCCGCCCGCCAGCAUCGUGCCCCUCAUGCGCCAGAACCGCACCAGAUGAGGUCCAGCGCCCUGUCCCUGAACCAAAGAGCCCCUUGGGUCAUCCCUACCCUGCCGGAGGCCAGUAUGGGCCAGCCUCCCCUCUCCUCCCAGCCCAGGAGACACUCCAUGUGGCACCACUCUCCUUGCCUGGGCGGGGAGGGGUACAUGGGAUCCUACUACUGAACUCCGGUUUUGAUUUUGUGACUUUUUAAAAAAAACACAGGGACUCGUGGGAGUGAGUGAGGCUCCCAGGACCUUUCUAUUCCCCGGGACAGACCCUCCCCUGUGUUCUCCUGUCUCCAGGAAGGACAGGCGGCCCUCCCAUCACUGGAAAUCCGUGGCGGGGGUCGCUGGGGGUGGAGAGAACACUAUGAGAUAGGUGUGUGUGUGUGUGCGUGUGUGCGCCCCGAAGGUCCUGCUCCUCUGUCCUCCAGACUGCAAGUGAGUGUCUCUGAGACCUUGCCUGACCUACAGCCCCCUCCCCCCUGAGCCAUUGUGGGGGUCGAUCAUGAAUGUCUGAAGAGUGGCCUUUUCCCGUAGCCCUGCACACCCUUUCUGUGGCUGGAUGGGGACACAAGAGUCGGGGCCUCCCACCCACCCCAGCCUCUGCAGCAAAUGACUACUGCACCUGGACAGCCUCCUUUUUUAGAAGACUAUUUAUAUUGUCAUUUUAUAACACUAGCCCGUCCCCCCACCCGGGGACAGUUGAUCCCUGUCCUGUGGGGUAGCACCAGGGACAGAACCACUGCCUGAAGGAUCAGGUUCCUGCCCUGUCAGCACAGCCCUGCUCCCCUCCCUCAAGUUAGUUUUACAAUUAAACAAUUUCUUGUUUUG